AUGGAGCACGCAACGCCUGUCGCGCGGGGCGCUGCUGUGGCUCCUCCGGCAGGAGGCGUCGCUCUCGACGCGGGCUCCGCUCUCGCGCACACGCAGCCGCCAGCCUCUGCGCAUCUCCCCCGGCACCUGAAGCGCAAGCUCGCUGGCAUCAUCGACGCCUGCAGACGCUGCAGAGACUUCCAUCUUUUCCUCGAGCCGGUCGACGUGGUGGCGAUGGAGUGCCCCGCGUACUACGAGCUGAUUCAGCACCCCAUGGAUCUCUCCACGAUGGAUGACAAGCUCCGAAGGAACGAAUACGCCACUGAGGAAGCCUUCCUCAGAGACAUGAUUCUUAUCUUCUCAAACUGCCGCCUCUUCAACCGGCCUGGCAACCCGUCGGGCGACUUUGUCCUCUCGCUCUGCGCCAAGUCCGAGGAGAAGUUCAUUGAAGAGUGGCUCAAGUUCUUGAAGGACAGCAACAAGCCCGCAAAGGCUCUGAAGGCUUUCCCUGAGUUCUUCCGCGCGCAGACGGGGGUUUCGAGCGACGACAAGGCGCCCGCGCCGCGGGCCCGUGAGGCGAACGAGCCGCGCGCGGCCGCCGCAGCCAAAGACCGAAAAGCUCGCCAGGGCAAGGCGGGCGCGCAACAGACGGCGCCGCCGCCAACGGCUCCCGCCGCCUCCUCGCCUCUCAAGUCGACCGCGCCUAGUGCGGGGGGGGGAGGUGACGCCGCGUCGCCCAACGAGGACCUGAUGGCGCAGGAGGGUCGCGCGCUGGCGGAUGCGACCGCCUCCGAGCCGCCCGCGCCCGCAGUCCGACGCGAGGAUGGCGAGGGCGACAGCCCUGCGCCGGCGCCUUCCGUGGUGGCCUCUGCAGCUUCGUCGGCGGCGGCGUCUUCAGGGCCUCCCUUGGGGUCUUCUCGCCCCACAAAGGCUGCGCCGUCGCCGUCGCCGUCGCCGCCCGCACCCGCGCCCACGCCGGCUCCGGCUGCUGUCUCGCCCGCCGCGGCGGUCGCGUCCGCGCCGUCUUCUGGGGCGCCUUCGGGCGCGUCUGCCGCGGGCGCAGAGCCUGCCAGCGCGGGCAGCCCGUGGGCGCCGGUGCUUUCGUCUGCCGACGGGGGGAAACAGAUCUACGCCGGCGACGCGCCUGCCUGCGCGAAGGCGGAGCGCGAGGGCGCGGGGAGAGGCGCAGAGCGAUUGGCUCUCGGGACGCGGCCGAGCGUCCUGCCGGGCGGCGCCAAGUCGUGGCAGAUCUACUGCAAAGACUACAUGGUGCGGCCGCUGAAGUGUGACCGAUACGGCUACCUCUUUAGCACGCCGGUGAUGGCGUCCGCGGAGCUUCCGCAGGCCGUCAAAGAGAACUACGCGCGAAUAAUCUCGCAUCCGAUGGACUACGGCACGAUUUGGACGAAGCUCAGCUCGCGCUGCUACACUCAUCCAGACGAAUUUCGCGACGACAUUCUGCUGGUUUUCAACAACUGCAUGACGUUCAAUCCGCGACACGACGAGGAGUGCGGCUGGCUGCACGAGGCGGCGCUGAAACAGAAGGAGAAGUUUUUAGAAAAAUGGAAGCGGUGGUCGCCAAAGGUCUUUGCGGCCUUCCGGCAGGAAAAGCAGGCGGCCGCGGCCUUCGCAGUGUCUCCGCUCGCUCCGUCGCCGUUUGCGUCCGCGGCGCCUCCGUUCCCAGCUUCUUCCGCUCCCUGUUCUUCGUUCGCUUCUGCCUCCUCUUCGCCCUGUUCUUCCUCUUCUUCUCCUUCCUCUUCAUCGUCUUCUUCUCUCGGCUCUUCGGUGCCAGCGGCCUCCUCUGGAACUGAGGAAAGCGAGCUUGCGAAGAGCGCGAAGGCGGUGGGCGCGACCGAGGCGGCGCCGAAGCGCGCCGGUAAGGGCGAAAAUCCCCCUGGGCUUGUCGACAACACGACAUACAGGACGUUGGUGGCCGAUUUGUUCGGCGAAGAAGCGCUUGAGGACGAACUCGCCUCUCGGGGCGACGACGCCUCGCUGGAGGCCUCGCUUUUGCCGUCGCCUUCGCCCCCCUCUCGUGCGACUUCCGUGCCUCUCCCGGCGCCCGUGUCCUCUGUGGCUGCGUCUGCGCCGCCGCCGUCGCUGCCCGCCUCCGCUCCGCCGGUCGCGCCUGGGCCUCCGCCCUCCGCUGGGCCUGCACACAGCCCGGCGCGGGGUGAGAAGGAGGCGAACGGGGCGGGCCUUGCCUCGCCUCCUCGCCCGCCCUCUCCGUCUUCCCCAGCUCCGCCUUCGGCUCCCCAGCUUGCGGCUCUUUCCGCUGCGGCCGCUCGCGCGGAAGGCGAAGAGACGCUCGCGUGCGAUGGUGCAGCGACACUCGCAGAGGCGCCGCGCGUCGCCGCAGCGCCUCCGCCGGCCGUUGCAGACGCAGGCGUCGCUUUGGCGCCGCGAGGCGAAGGGUCGGAGCCGCCUGCCGCAGCCGAGGCAGAGCAGAGACAGGCCAGCCAGACGCCAGGUGCCAAAGCAGAAGGCGAAAUUUUCCCCGCACUCGCUCCGCCGGCUGCUGCGGGUUUUGCGGCGAGCGAGCCGGGACCGGAGGCAGAGGCUGCCGCAGGCGCCGUGGCGGGAGCUGAAGCGCCGGGCGAGGAGGACGCGAAGGAGGAGAGGAAGAAAGACAAGAAGGAAAAGAAGGAGAAGAAAGAGAAGAAGGAGAAGAAAGAGAAGAAAAAGGCGCACAAAUACCACAAGGGUCGACGGAGAAGCAGUGCGAUAGAUGAAGAUAUCAAUCUCGCGCCUCUCCUUCCCUCGCACAACGUGCCCGACGGUCACCUGCCGCAUCUUCUUCCGCCUUCCGCAGACUUGGCUCGUCUUCCCUCCUCUCAUGACGUCGGUGCGCCCUCGCUCCUCACGCCUCCAGCAGGCUCCGGGCUCGCCAUCUUCGCGCCUCACUCCGUCCUCGGGGCUGAGGCCGCAGGCCUGCCUCCUUCCGUGGGGGUCGUUUCCCCGCCUUUGCCUGCGCAAGUCGAAUGCGUGGCGCCCGCGGGAGGCGACGCCGCGAGCAUGGUGGUCGCGGACGCUUCUGGGGCCUUUCCGCUUGAAACCGAGCCGCGCCCGCCGGCUGCGCGCGCUGCAAACUUGGCGGCUGGCAAGUCUCUCGAAGAUGGGCAUCAUCCCCAUCCGCCUGCUGCUUCCUUGGCUGCGCUCUCAGCUCCCUUUCUCUCCGCCGGCGUCGCGACGCCGCAGUCCCUCUCGCCAGCCGGAGGGCCGGAGACCCCUGGGGUGUACGUACACCCCGCGCCGCCCGCGGCUCCGCGAGAAGAGGGAGCGAGCAGCGAAGGCGAGGAAGCCGGAGCGACGCUCUUCCUGCUGAACUGGCGUCAUUAUCCCGAGGGAGCGCGAGUUGCGGGCCUGCGCGCGGACGUGCGGCAAGCGCUACCCGCAGGCAGCGGCGCCCUCGUCCAAGUGGUGACAGGCCGCCAGCGCGUGUGGUGCAGCAGCGACAGAGAGACUUCGCCGCACGCCGCUCCAGUCGAGUCUUCCUCUUCCUCUUCUUCUUCCUCUUCUUCCUUUGCGUUUCCUUCUCUCUCUGCUUCCGUCCGUCCGCCACAUCAUCCGCCUGCGUCGUCGUCGCCGGCGCCUGUGAAAGAGGCUAGCGAGCGCCCUGCGGCGUCUCCGCCGCCCGCGGCCGCGAAGAUUCGCUUCUCGCUCGCGCUGAAACCCCGCGGGCUCUCGAGGCUCUCGGCCGCCGCCGCGCCUCCGCUGACGUCUCCCCCGGCGCCGCGGCGGUGCGACGGCGAAGGCCUCUCGCGCUGGUUCCGCGUUGCAGAAGGCCCCGAGGCCGAGGCCGGCGGCGAGGCUGGAGCGCCAGCUGUCAGCGCAUGGGGAGAGAAACCCUGCACGCCUCUGUUGCAGCAGAGAGUCGCAGAGAAGGUCCCUGAACUCAGCCUGUGGAUGGGAGAUAGACUCGCGCGCGGCCGCCUCUACCUCGCAGUGCCCUUCAGCUCCGACCUCGCCUCCCUCUCCCCCGCCGAGCGUCGAGGCCUCGACCUGAGGCUGCAGGCCUCAUCCUUUGCGUGCGUGAGCGGCGCGACACGCCCCGGUUCGCUGUCUGGCGACGGGAGGGACAGCCUCCUCAUCUGGUAUCAAGCGGAGACGCAGCUCUUGCCUGGCGUGCGCUCAGUCGUCUGCGAGGCUGCGCCAGCUGUCUCUCUCACGCGGCUGUCGUUCCUCGUCUUCCGCGACGCGUCCACUGAAGAGACGCGAGAUCUAGCGGGCGUCGAGGUGUCUCUGGGAAUCGCCCUUGCGCGCCCAGGCCCCCAAACCGCCACCUUGGAGACUGCCGCGGCGCGCACGCCUCUCGUGGAGGUGCUCGCCCGCCCUCCCACAUGCGGCGCCAGCGACGAGGUCAGCGCCGAGGCCGACGCCGAGCGCGUGGAGAGGAAGCGGCAGCGGGAUGCGCAGACCGACGACGACGAAGAAGAGCCUGCUUUGCUUGCGCUCGAGGAAGAAGAGACUAAGGCACUCACGAUCGUCGCGGCUGCGGUCGCUGAGACCGACGACGCGUCUUCGUUAUCGGCGGCCGUCGCUCCCGCGGCAAGCUGGCUGGCGCCCGAAAAGGCGCCGCGAGCCAAAUUCCUCGCGCAGCUCCGCGGCCUCGUCAGCAGGGUGGAGAACAGAGACAGCCCCGCUGGAGCCGACACGAUCCUCGGCGGCGUCUCUCUCGGCGCAGCGGAUGCGGAGACCUCGCAGGCGGCCUUGCGAGCCGCGCGUCGCCGCAUGCAGCCCUGUCGCUUCGAGCUUCACGGCGUAAGCGCGUGGGAGGCAUCUUCGCUUCAAGUCGCAAGAACUCGCCCUGCGGUUGUGGGACGAGGAAAGAAAGAGGCAGACACGUUGAGUAACUUCGACCCUGCGUGCUUCGUGACCGUUCCUCUUCUUUGGCGAUACUCCGUCGCCUCGCACUUCUUCCCCUUCAUGGAGCAUCUGCAGCUGAACGUCUUUUCGGUGCAUUUCCUUCACUUUCCUCACCUCGGUGUCUCUUCGCCGUCGCCCGCGGGGUCUCUGUCUGCCCCGCCGUCGGCUCCAGUCUCGAUCGGCGACGAGGCGUCGGUCGCGGAGGCGGAUCGCGGCGCGCGCGCGCCUCUGCUCGCGUCGUCUGCGGGUUUCUUGGUGUCUCUGCUUUCGGCGCAUCCGCUGGAAGGCGGCGGCGCACGCCCAGCCGAUGGUCACGCGUCGCAGGCGGCGACGCGCGGGCGCUCCUGCGCGGACGCCGGCGGAGGCAGGAGAGAGAACAGCAAGCCUGAAAAUGUGGCGUGGAAGCGCGCGCGGACAGCCGCGAUUUCAGCUGCAGGGUAG